CUUGUCUCAACUAUGUUAUUGGGUAGACAGAGGAAAAUAUUUGCCUAAGAAUUUGAACUGUAAGACAGUGUUUGCACUAGCUUGCAUUUUGAAUUCACAUCACCAGCAUGGUCCGAAGAACCUCAAGCAGAGAAUUUAACUCAAAGUCAAGUCUUGGGUUGGUGGUAUCUCCAGAUGGCUGACAAAAGCAAACAAAAAUCUCCUCUGUGAGAACUUGAUCUUGGUGGAGCUGGCAGCAAUUACGUGUCACCAUAGCAAUAUUAACAAGUGAGCAAUUCUAAAUCCUAGAAUUGGUGAAACGGGAUAAGUAAAAUCUUAACAGUGGCCAACUCAGUAGUGAGGUUAUAGAUCAAAAAUACUUUAAUAUACUUUAUAUAUUUUGUAAUACAUUGUAGGUAUAUUUAUAUAAUGUAAAUAUAUUCCGUAUUUGAGAAGGUAAGAUAAUUUUAUUUAAAUAUUUAGGUAUAUGGGGAUCUAAGGGAACCCACUUUAAAAUAUAACAUUUAUGGGGCUCUAAAUAAAAUUACCCUUCAUUCCUUCUUGACUUUCACACUCGUUUCCCCACCAGAACUGUUCUAAUAGCUAAAUUCAAUUAGUUCCCUUCCUAUCAUCUUGUGCAAUUCAGUAGACUCAGAGAAGAUAAAUCUGAUGGUCAGGUAUAGAGCCUCUUUCAGACUAUGAAUGUGGGUUAAGAGGGGUGUCAUCACGAUUGUUAACAUUUUUGAGCACCUGCUAUGUUCAAGGCACUAGACUAAGCCUGGCAGGAGGGGCCAGCCCUACAGAAGUGUGAGUCUCUACUUUUAUUUAUUUGCUUAGUUGACAAAUGCUCUUGAGUUAUGUUAGACAAGCACUGUAGUUACCCAAGAUAACUACUAUGUCUGAAGAUAGACCUGUGGCUGGUGAGCUAGAACAUAUACAUAAAUGAAGAAGGCUCUGGGUUUAGGGUUUGAACAUUUUAGUCUUUUGUUUAUAUAACAAAUUGAUUGGAACAGGGAUUUUGUUUCCUGAUGUACAUACUGCCUGAAGUUCAAACUAGAGGGUUCAGAGUGGACUUCACACAGAAGCUCAGGAAAACGACUCCCUCAGGGGAGAAACAAGGAAGUCAGACCUAAAGCUGAUGGCUUUGGAAAUUAAAGAUUUCCUGUGAACCCCCAUUUUAUAUUUAGAAACAUUUUGAAUGCCUCAAUCCUUGGGGUAAAUCUGGCGGCUAAAUAAUCAGAGGUAAGAAGAAGAAAUAGAAAUAGCUAUUAAAAUAAUAAAGGAUGAGAUGGGAGAGGCAGCCAACUCAUCAAGGUUCAGGAAGGCCCAGCAAUUUGCCUGCUCCCUGAAGGACCCAGUGCAUUUAUGCACUAGGUGCUACCCAGGGGAUGUUUAUGAAGAUUCAUAUCCUUUGUGCCAGAGAUACAAUGACAACAUAGUUUAACCCCUCUUCCCACGGAGAUAAUCGAUGACUGCCCAAGGCUGCUGCUUCUGGGUAAAAACCAGUGACAUUACAAUAAAGAAUCUAUGCAGCAUUUUAUCCUAAAAAAUAGGGAGUGCCUUCAUCACUUACGUAUUAAGUUCAGCCCCUCUCCCACUCCACCAAGGGCAUGUAAGUGACCUUCCACUGCUCUCGGUGGAGACUUGGUCCCUGAAAUGGGUGAGGAGCCCCAGAGACGGUCCAGCAAAGGCCGGGGCGGGGCACUAUCCAGCUCAUUCAAGAGCUUUGCCGGCCUGGAUUAUACACACAGAACCACUCCAGGCCAGAUACCAAAGCCCACAGCUUUAUCCAAGCCUCAGAGCCCCAGGGCUCCCCUCUUCUGCUUCACCUUCCAGCACAGGCUAGCUUUGGCCCCCUAGCCAGGAUUACGUAAUACCUAUCAUGGCCUGUGUGACCAGGGGAUUUUCAAAGAUAAAGGUGGCGUGUGAAAAUUCACGGCGGUACAGUUAUCGCGCGGAAUCCUAGGGAAGAAGGCACCAGCACCCAGCGCAGGGAACAUGGUGGAGUGGUGCUUACCUCAAGACAUGGACCUGGAAGGCGUUGAGUUCAAGUCUAUGGCCAGUGGGUCCCAUAAAAUUCAGUCUGAUUUCAUCUAUUUCCGCAAGGGGCCCUUCUUCGGCCUGGCCUGCUUCGCCAACAUGCCCGUGGAGAGCGAGCUGGAGCGCGGCGCGCGUAUGAAGUCCGUGGGCAUCCUCUCGCCGUCCUACACCCUGCUCUACCGGUACAUGCACUUCCUGGAGAACCAAGUUCGGCACCAGCUGGAGACGCCCGGGCACUACUCUCAUCUGGCUGCGUUUUACGAGGACAAGAAAGGGGUGCUCCACACUGGCCCCGGCCGAGGCGGUAGCCUGCCCCCCGUCUGCUGGCUGCCUUCCAUCCAUCGGUACAUGUACCCUGAGAUGAAGAUCACACACCCGGCGGGCUGCAUGUCUCAGUUUAUUAAGUUCUUUGGAGAACAGAUCCUCAUCCUUUGGAAAUUUGCCUUACUUCGGAAGCGCAUUUUGAUAUUUUCUCCCCCUCCUGUGGGUGUGGUGUGCUACAGAGUGUAUUGCUGCUGCUGUCUGGCCAACAUCUCCCUGCCCGGCAUCGGGGGCACCGUGCCUGAGCCCAAGCCUUUCUUCUACGUGAACGUGGCAGACAUCGAGAGCCUGGAGGUAGAGGUGUCCUAUGUGGCCUGUACCACGGAGAAGAUUUUUGAGGAGAAGCGGGACCUGUACGACGUCUACGUGGACAACCAGAAUGUGAAGACACACCACGACCACCUGCAGCCCCUGCUGAGGAUCAGCAGUGCCGACCGCGAGAAGUACCGGCGCCUCAAUGAGCAGAGGCAGAUGCUGCUAUAUUCUCAGGAAGUAGGAGAAGACUACAACCCGUGUGAGGAGGACCUCUUUGUGCUGUUUUUCCUAGAGCAAAACAACCGGAUAUUUCAGACUUUACUGGAGGUGUCUGCCAGUCAAGACAAAACUCUGACAGCCGAGCAUGCCCGGGGCAUGGGGCUGGACCCCCAAGGAGACCGGAGCUUUCUUAUGGACCUGCUGGAGGCCUACGGCAUUGACGUCAUGUUGGUCAUUGACAACCCCUGUUGCCCAUAGGAAGACUGGGCCCGGACUGGUGAGCCACCCUCACGUGGGGAUUCACCCGGGGCCCCGGCUGGCCUUGUUUUUUAUUAUGUUGACACAAAGGAAUAUGGUUUAUACUUUGCAACAAAUGUAAUUUUUGCAAUUUCCAUUCUUCCCUUCCUGCCUAGUGAGACUUUGGAGUCUACCACUUUGUCCCAGAGCUGCUGCCUGGUUUGAUCCAAGGAGUCAUCAAAGUAGAUGCUCUCCUCUCCUUAUUGAGCAACUCCUUAUUGAGGGGACAUGGCGAGGCUGUAUACCCCUAGGAGCAGGCUGAGCUCUGGGAACACGGGGGGACUGUUCAGGAAGUCGGUAUGAUUUUCGUCUUGAUGUAUCAAGAAUAACAAAAGUGUCCAUCCAGUGUGGCCUUGGAGGUUUAUCUGCUGAAGGCAAACGCUAGACCAGAUGACUUUUCAGGGUUUUUAUAAGUUCUGGGAGUCCAGUCUUGGGGUCAAAUCCCCUUUCCCAUUUACUAGGGCAAAUCUAUGUCUUCUCUGUUCACAUGAGUUAGAGACCCCAAAGAGGGGCAUGGGGAUGUUUCUGACACCUAGUAUGAGCUUCCCUAAGGGCAGGAUGAGGUUGCUUAUGAGUCAGCUGAAAAUAAAAUUGCAGAAUGAAGCCUUAAAACUUUUCUCAAAGUAAGUUACUGGUGGCCACUCAACGUCAUACUCUUCUUUCUCCAGACCCCCUCCUCUUGGGAUGGCUUGGUGAAUUUCGAAGGGCCAGUGCUGACCCUGGAGCUGGCAAAAGCCUAUUCCUCUUACAAUUUGGUUUCUUUGAAGGGCUAACCAUCCUCUGGGAGUAAUUCGGGUAUAUUUAAAGAGAAAUGUUUGCUGCCACCAAAGGUAGAGCGGUUGAGGGUAAAGCAGGAUAUGGAAGAUGUUUGGUCCCUGGAUGGGAGCUCUCUGGAGCAUUGCCUCUGGAUCACAACAGGGCUUCACCAGAUUCCAUAAUCUCACAAGGAUCUGGGCUGGGUAACUGGGUGCCCAGAGGUUGGAGCAUUAUUGAGACUGUAUACCAAUGUGGAGCCCUCACAAACUUCUCUUUAGAAGAGGCAACAUUCCUUGAGCCAAGUAUUGGGACCAGAGAUGUAACAGAUAGGUUAGCAAAUUGACCGUGCCUUCAUCCAGGGAAGUAGUCAGGAACCCCCAAGGGUCAGUGAUGAGCUUCUCUGCUUUUCUCUGAAGUGUUCUGGUCUAGGACACUCCUGCUGCUUGCUGCCUGUUCUCUGGCUAGGCAUUCAGUAGAUGCCAGCUUCACAGCCACUGUUGGUUAACAGGAACUGUGAGUAGAGUUUAAGUCUUUUGGACCAUCAUUAGAAUUUUGACUUGGGCUUCUGGGUUUUGGUGACAAAUAAUUUCUUCCCCUUCACCCUUCCUGCCUGGCUCUGUUCUUGGAAUAGUCAUCAAUGUAUCCAUGUUUGUGACCAAUUCCAGCCAGGCUGAUGGCAUAGCAGAGAGAAAUAACUUCCAUGGGGCACAUGUCUUAUCUCAAGACUAGCUUUUUAGGGCUCAUUGCUUUAUUCAAAGAUAUUUUCACUAUAACUCCUUGAUAAUGGAAUGCAAGGCUAAAGAAAUUCACAUGUGGAAAUGCAAACACACACUGAUUAGUCAAAGUAUCUUUUAUGUAAAUAUAUAGAUAAGUUUUGGCAUUGAAAUAUAAACUGUACAACUAAUAUAUUCUUCUCUGCAGUGUGGGGUUAGCCAUCAUUUCAGUAAUAUGUAUGUUUACAAAAGAAAAAAAGGGCUGUGUUUAGAAACUGAAGCUUCAUGCCCUUCUCCUUGAAGAGUAACUCUCUCUUGCCUCUCAACAAGGAUCGGCCUUCCUGACGUCAGUGAAGUAGUGGUCACUUUAGUGGCAUUUGAAGGUUCAAGGUGUUCUAAGUUGGGGGUGGGUGGUCAGAAGCAGGGUAGAGGUGAAAGAAAAAGGUGGACUUCUUGGAGGACAUGGGCAGAUCCUCUUUCUCUGGAAUUGGGGCAUUUGUUAGAACAGUAUUCUUCACAAGCACUUCUCUUUCCUGCACGUACACUUUUGUUUCUGCGGUGUAAUUCUAAGCAUGCAAGUGCUGAUGUCAAGGCAGUAAGGUGACCAUGAGGUUCCUGCAUUUUCCUUUGACUGGUGGGUCAGGGGGUCUGGGCUCCUUUUAGCUCCUUGUUCUAUGAAGCUGUCUGGCUGGCGUCACGGGCAUUCCCCCUCCCACUUGCGCAGAGGCCACCCACCGAGGGGAACGUGCCUGGAGGCAGUGCCAUAUGUUAGGUCUCCUGGAGCCUGCGCUCAGCCGAGCCCAAAGCGUAUUGGCUCCUGCAUCCCUUUCGCGCAGGAACCAGGGCAUGAGGCCUCCCCGCGUCGCCAGCUUCCUCCUGGGCCAGAAGUCUCAGUGGCAUGGCCCUUGGCUGGGCAGCAUGCUCAUUGGCUCUGCAGGCACCUCCCUCACUGUUCCUCACCCCCUGCGUAUUCCUUGCCCGGGUAGUGAUACGGACCCUCUUGCUUUCGCCGUCACCUUUUGCAGCUUCCUCUGUACCUGACUCUCCUCCCAUCCCCCUGCCUCCUCUCUGAUAUCUCAAGUCUGCGGCACAGCCCAGCACCACUUGCUGCCAGUUCUCUAAGAGGGGGAUUUGUGGUGAAGUACCAGGUGGUGUCCCUGCACAGGCGCGGCAGAAGCUGCAAGCCCCAUGCAUCUGCUUUUGCUCCGAGGUCGGUGAGCGUCCUUCCCUGCCUUCACGGUCCACAGCUCUGUAGGGCCAGGGCUCACCACUGCCCUUCUGGAGCAAGUUAGAACCUGUGGUGUGGGUACCUUGACUCAUGGCCUUCUGCCCCUUGGACUUCUUUGCCUCUCCUGCCUCAGUGGGCUUGGUCCCUCUAGGGAACUCGAAGCCUGAUCUAAUGUCACACUGAGAGCCACGUGCCAACCUGGACAUGCUGCUGACCUGAGACACCCGGGCUGCCGUCAUCCCUGAAUCAAGUUAGAAGAAAUUCCAGGUGGCAGAUUCCUUGUGGGGCCUACAACUUAUACUAUAAAAUGAGUAUGUCCAGUAAAAUAGGAUGGAAACCUGUUAAAAGUGGAUUUUUUCAAUUUUGCAGGCUUGGCAGAUGGUAAUAUUCAGCCUUGGGGAAAAUACUCAGACUUAGGACUCCUUCAGAAGGAAUCAGAAAUGGUAGGUUUAUCUCCUACCAGACCAAAAAGCAAUGGGCCAAGUAAUUUGUUUAGGAUUAGCGGUGGCUUUAGUCAGGCGUGGAGGUCUGCGUGGGCCUGGUGUGGAUCCGGGCGAAGUGUUCCACCAGGACCCUGUUCAGGCCUCAGUCAUAAGAUUGCUGUAAGUUAGAAGGCCUUUGUUUCCCUGUCCGUCAUCCGUGUGGCAUCUCUUCUGCUUGGCUGGGGAAGGGAUGAUGAAUUCAGUAACACUGAUAGGAAUAAUUUAGCAUAGGAAUUUCCUGCUGUAACUUACCUGGUUUUGUUCCAAAUGAAAAUCAAGAUGGAAAAUUUAACUGCAACACAGAGCACAGAUAAUUUUAAAUACCACAUGCGACAACUCAUUUAUCAGUGUACCUACCUAUGAUAUUUUAGCUUGAAGAUAAAGGGAAAGAUGAAUUAAAUCAUAGUUGAAUCACUGUUUUUCAUCCUGGUAGCUAUGAGGAUGAACGUGCUAUUUGUGUUGAUACACUUCAAACACAAUAAAAAGAUGAGAUUAUUCACCUUUAAACUGGGGCCUUUAGGGAACCUUUUGUGAAGGGCACUAAUGAAUUAACCUUCGGGUGGCAGUACAACAACCCUUUAGGAAGAGGUGGGGACCUCAGGGCUGUGGGGUUUAUUCUUAUUUUUUAUGAAACUGUAGCCCAAUGAAUGGAUUGAAAUGCUUUCUCCACUCCCAGUACAGAUCACACCUGCGGGGCAAGACAAGAGGAGGGCACGGAAUAAAGUAGUAAGACAAUGUUCAGCUUGACCAUGAACUUGCCUCAGUGUGAUGCCAGUUCUAAGACAGGCCAGAAAGUUCACAUGGGGGCCAGUGUGUCAUACACUGGCUUUGACCUCCCUGUUGGGUGCCUUCCUGACGGGCUCAGGACCUGAGUGAAGUCCAGCCCUCGUCAUAGUGCCCUGCAGUGAACGCUGCCUGCACAGGGGCUCACCUCGGCAGGCCCAGGCCCGUCCCUUCUCUUUCCAGGAAGGUCCUUUUCUGAUUCAGGUAGGGGAAAAGGAGUCAAGGGCUCCUUUUAUUCCCAAGUCGUGGAUUUUAAUAUUCCAUUUUCAUUACUAAUAUACCUCUGUUGCCAGGCACUAUUAGAAUUCUGAGUGUUGUGGGGAAAGGCUAACUGUGAAUUACUUAUGUUUUUCUUAGAAAUGAUGGAAGUUUAUUUUUAUAUCAAUAUUGCUGCGUGAUAAAAUGAGUAUGCAGAUGUUAAAAUGGAAGGACAUUUCAAAGCUACAGUCCUAGAAGAAGUGGGAAGUUUUAUAAUUUGACCACAGCUGAGACCCCAUGAAAGUUUUAUUUAAAUGUUUUAGAGUAUGAACAAGGGGACUAUGCUAUGAAGUCUUAGAGUUAAACUUAACUGUCCUAGCGAGGCUGAUGUACAGUCAGUAACCUUAAGGGAAAUUCUUGUACAAAAGGGGGGAAAAUGUGAUAAUGCGGAUUAUUUGGCUGCUUAACUAGAAGUGGGAGGUAGUUUUAUAACUGGCACUUUAAUUCAUUUUUGCAGCUGGAAUACAGGGACAGUUGAAUGAAACUGCACAUCUAGAAAGGAAACAAGAACUUUCUAGUGCUAUAUAAAUGAUGGAGAAAUAGAACCCCACUUUUAUCUCUUUAGAGUCUAUUCUAGAAAUUCAACCAUAACAUGGGCUUUGAGGUAAUAGGAUCUAAAUUCAGAAAAUUUAUUGAUUUACCACAUUAGUAGGACAGGUGUGAGUUGCUUAUGUUUGUUGUAGAAUGCCUACUUAGAUUAAUGAUACAUUUAUUUUGCUUUGCAAGAACAGUUGGGGAAACGGGGUUUGGGUAGGGUAUUACAAAUUAGCUACGAUGAUCAACAAAAUGAAAAAUCCAUUGAGAGGUCACCGAGUUAGCUGGUUGUUAAUAUAUAUCAUUGACAUUGGAGUGAAAACUCCUUCCUUUGGCCAAAUCAAGCAAAGGUAAAAAUAAAAAAAAUUUUGAAGGCAGCACCAGGAAAAGUUUGAGUCUGGUGGGCCCACAAAGACCUAAGUGAGGAAAGGUGUGGACACUGUGCUUGUAAACAGACUUUGAAGAUCUUUGGGUGUAGAGUGUAUAGGAAAACAAAGUUAACCUUGUUUACCCCACGCUAGUUGGCUAAAUUUUUCAUACAUCUGGGAAAAAAACCAUUUUCAAAACAAAUAGUUGUAGCCUUGGAAAAGCGGUUUUCCUAUUUUUUCCACACUAAGAUCAGCAUAGCCUCUGUGUCACCUUAAAUGUCAAACCCCAAUUUUGAUUAAUACCCCAGUAUCAGAGUUACAGCAAUAAGAGACACUGAAUCUAUUUUUGUUUCUUUACCUCCUAGUAUGAAUUAAUAAGACCAUCAAUAAAUUUUACCCUGAAAACUUGUGCACAUAAGUAUGUGGUUCUCUCUCUGUUUUGAAAGGUGAUCAUUUUAAUAGCCUAAAGAAUGCUGGGGUUAAUCCUGAAGCUAAGAGUAAAUGUUUAUUAAAUUAAUUUUGUUCUGUGGUACGGAUAACGUCUGUGUAUAUUAUAUCUGUAUAUAUCUGAACCAAGUUGUGUGCAGAGAGGUUGAUAUAACUAUAUUUACAGAAGACAAUUUUUAUAAUUAAAAUUCACAUUUUAACAUCAA